GCGCCGUCUGCUCUUGGUGUGUGUUUGUGUGUCUCAGGGUGUGAAUAUGUGUAUGUGCGCGCUCUGGUGUGCCAAAUGAUCUAGCCUCAAUUUGUGCAGACACAGGAAAAGAAAGGAGCGGCGGCGUUGUUAGGGGCCAGGCAGGCAGUGGGGGUCGAAGGACACUGUCGGGAGGACCCGGUAGGAGCAGGGCUGCAGGAGCGGACCCGUGCCGGGCAGACGGACUGGCGGCUUGGACUGAGCCCGUAGCUUCUCCAGCCUCCCCGCGGGUGCUGCCCAGCCGGCCCCUCCGUUCUCCUCUGCUCAGCGGCGGGAGCCAGUUCGUGGGGAGUCCCAGCGUUUUCCUGGCGCGCUCGCGCGUUUGUGGCUGUGUGUGUGUGUGUGUGUGUGUGUGUGUGUGUGUGUGUGUGUGUGUGUGUGUGUGUGCGCGCGCGCGCGUGUGUGUGCGCGUGUUAGGGAGCGAGGGAGAGGGAGACUGAGACUGAGGGAACCCAGGGAGCGAGCGGCGGGCACGGGACGAACUGGGACAAUCUAGGGAUGCUGCUGCUGCCACUGUCGCCGCCGCUGCUUGUUUAGGGCAGACUCCAAGAAGUCUAAACGGAAAGAUGGCAAAGUGGAUUCAGAAAAACAUUUAAUGACUUGACCCUGAGACCAGAUCCCAGGCAAACUUCCUGACUCCUAACCUAAUGUUGUUUAAACUAGGUUUUGCUACAUCUUCCUUCAAUUUAAGGCAUGACCAAAUGUCCUAGAUGCCUAUGAACUUCCUGGUCACUUUCCUGCAUUGGAAGGACACCAAGAGCAAGAGCGUAUCCUGAGCAGAGCCUCACCCUACUUUAGAUUGUGGAGGAAACCACAAGGUCCUGGAGCCUGCCCCUCCCUGCUCUGAGGUGAUGAUGGAGACCCUUUCUCAAGAUUCCUUGCUGGAAUGUCAGAUUUGUUUCAAUUAUUACAGUCCCCGAAGGAGGCCCAAGUUGUUAGACUGCAAACAUACCUGCUGCUCAGUUUGCCUCCAGCAAAUGAGGACCAGCCAGAAGGACCUGAGGUGCCCCUGGUGCCGGGGUAUCACCAAGCUUCCCCCAGGGUUCUCCGUCUCCCAACUCCCUGAUGAUCCUGAGGUGCUUGCAGUGAUUGCAAUCCCUCACACUUCGGAGCACACUCCUGUCUUCAUCAAACUUCCUAGCAAUGGGUGUUACAUGCUACCCUUACCCAUCUCCAAGGAGCGAGCAUUAUUGCCGGGAGACAUUGGCUGCCGCCUGUUGCCAGGUAGCCAGCAAAAGUCUGUCACUGUGGUGACGAUCCCGACAGAACAGCAGCCUCUGCAGGGGGGGAUUCCCCAAGAUGCGGUGGUGGAGGAGGAGCAAGACAGGAGGGGCGUAGUGAAAAGCUCCACCUGGUCAGGGGUUUGCACUGUGAUCUUGGUGGCCUGUGUCCUGGUCUUCCUACUCGGCAUCGUUCUCCACAACAUGUCUUGCAUUUCUAAGCGCUUCACUGUGAUCUCCUGUGGCUGAGGAAGGCCGCAGAGUGAAAUUCCACGUGUGUGCCAACUUAGGGGUUGAGAAGGUAUUGGUGAUGGGAUCACAGUGAGGUGUAUACGGCAACACUGACCAAUUGGUGCAGGGCACUGUGCACUGGGUAAGCCACUUAAUUAUCUGAAGAUAGACCUGAAAGGCAGAAUGCAGGACCUCUCAACAAGAUACAGGGGAAACUGUACUGAGUGAUGGUCACAGCUUGGAAGGAGAUUGCAUGCAUCACCAUAAUAAUUUAUUAAAUGAACUGUAAUUUAUGAUUUUAUCAUGUUAAAACAUAUUCUACAUAGAUGUUAUACUGUACAAGUAUAUAUGAUGUGAUCUCUAAAUGCAGUAGAUUAAAAUCAAUGUUAUGUAUAGAAGUAGAAUAAACAUGAGAAUCAAUGUAACAGGUAUGCAAUGCUGGUUUCCUUUUUUUUUUUAACAAGAUGGAAACUGUUUCAAACAAGAACUCAGUCUUGAUUUAGUUGAUAAGGCAUUUUUAUACCUUUGGAAUUGCACCUAAAUUAAAAUAAGUUAAAUGGACUAUAGUUUUUCCAGAGCAAAUGGGGGGGGGUGUUUCAUGUGUGAUGUAUUUGUCAUGCACUAUCCUUUUGUCUUUACCUGUAGUUAAAGUUACAUGUUUGUUAAAGUGCAGAGCCCUACAGAAAGCAAUAAAACAAAUAACAAGGAAGGAAAGAUUUAUUACUGCAGAAAAUUUGCGUAUUUUUUUCUUCC